AUGCAAGAAGAAGGUUCGGUUUAUCAUUCACCCCAGAUGGGAGGUAGACUUAUCUUCAGUGCGGACGAAGAAACAAGUUCACUGGGAGAUACACUGGGAGAUACGGUUCUGUCGGAAGGGGAAGAAACUGAAGAAGAAAGGAAAUUGGAGCUGUUGGAUCAGUUUGCAAUUCCAGUCAAGCGUCUCCUUUUGCAAACUUUGUGUGCCAAUGGGGGGUUCAAACAAGUUCUUAGCAUCAUUCUUGUAGUAGAGGAUCGUUGGUUGCGUUCGAACUUCAAGAUACCCAUCAGCAGAGACAAUGCAGCAGGAGUCAAAGUCUGGUUGACUACAGGUCCUCAGUCCCACAGUGUAGACAUUGACAAAUCGAAUAUUGUCACCCAAUAA